AUGGAAAAAGAAAGUCCUUCAUGGAAAGCUGCCAUUGUUUCGUCACUGAUUGAACGGGAUAUUGUUGAGAAUUUUAAUGUUUCAGACAACACAAAUAAAGAUUUAGUGCUACAGCUGAAAGCAGAAAACUCCCGUCUUGCUCGGGAUUUAACAUCAUGUCAACAGGAGAAAUCAAAUCUGCAGCUGGAAUUUGAAAAAAUAAAGUCAGUCAAGUCAUAUGACUAUGAACAGAAAGUCUUCCAUUUGCAAGAAGAGGUCACCGAAUUACAUCGACAAAAAGGAAGCCUCGCACAAAGUGUAAUUGAGCUUAACAAGGCCGUUCAGGAAAAGGACGGCUUACUCCAAUCAAGAUCUGUGAAGAUUUCAGAGCUAGAUGAUUGCCUGAAGGCUAACCAGAAGCAGAAUCGUCAGUUAUUGGAAAAAAUUAAGGAGCUAGAGGAAGUUAAAGAAUUGCUUACAGAUGAGCAAGCCUCACAUUUACUGGCUAUUAAAGCUCUAGAAACAAAAAACAGGCAGCUUGAAGAUGACAAUGUUCAGCUUAUCAAAAGGAUUAAAGCCCUUCAAAGUACUGUUGAGAGGCUCAAAAAUAUAGAGUAUGAUGUACAGUAUAGAAAAACCCAAGAAACUAUACGUAAAAACCUUCAGGAUGCAGCUAACUCGACGAUAUUUGUUGCCGAUAGUGAUCCUAUUGAUAAACCUCUCCCUUGCAAAUCUGCCCUCCCUCAUCACGUUGCUGUUAAAAUAGAUGCUAAUGAAGGAGAAGUAAACAGCGUCCGUUUCACUCCGUCAGGUCACCUUUUUGGGUCAGCGGGCUUUGAUCGUAAAGUACGACUGUGGACGUAUCUUAACGGUAAGUGUGAAAUCCACUCAACACUCCUUGGUUGCAAUGCUGCUGUUACCGCUAUCGACUUUGAUCCAAAUGAGACAGCUGUUUUGGGUGCAUCCAGUGACUUUUCAUGUCGUGUGUGGACGUUAAAUGAUUCAAGGCUUCGUGUAAACUUAACAGGCCACUCUGAGCGUGUUAUUUCAGCAAAGUUCAUGGGUUCAGUUAAUCGUGUCGUUACUGCCUCGUCAGACAGAACUAUCAAGAUUUGGGACGUUGAUAAAUGCUGCUGUAGACGCACCAUCAUGGCCGCUUCCACAUUUCAAGAUGUAGUUGUUUGCCCUACUUUGUCUGCCCUCGUCACUGGUCACUUUGAUCAGCAUUUACGCAUUUGGGACGAACGAACUGGCGAGAAUAGUAGCAAAAUCUUGCUGUCUGGACGUAUUACUGGUAUGGAUAUUUCCUCAGAUUUUACAACUGUUUUGGCUUGUACACGUAAUAAUACCUUAGAAAUUGUCAAUUUACGUAUGAAUAAAGUGAUUCAGUGUUUGAAGGCAGAAGGUUUUCAAACUGGUCUAGACAUUGUUCGACCAUGUUUCUCACCUGAUUCAGAUUAUGUUGCUGCUGGUGGGCAUGAUGGUGGGGUGUAUAUUUGGAGUACUAAUUCAGGGAAUCUUGAGACUUGUCUUCGAGAUCAUACAAAUACUGUCGUCUGUUGUCACUGGAAUCCAAAUGGUAAUUCUCUAGUUUCAUGUGAACGCAUCCAAAAAGCAAUUGUUUGGACAAGUUUGUAAAAUUGUAUUGUAUCAUAAUAACAACAAAUGACUAUAAACUCUGUACUAUUUCGAAAACAACCACCUCCUGCUUCAGAAGUUCUACCUAACCCAAAUCAUGUCUGUUCGUUGCUUAUGUAUUUCACCGCAUUCAUCAUUAUUCUUCUUGUUCUUCCCUUCUCCCUUUCUUGAAAAAGAAAACGUCUACUUCAGCUAUUCACAAACAGACAGAAACAAUCGAUAAUUAUUUCUCUUCAUAUUGUUGCAUUCAUGAAUAAUGAAUGAAUAGUGUUCACGAUGAUGAUGAGAUGUGAUGAUAGUUAUUUCACUAGGU